AUGCAAGGAGUUCUAAAUGCGCUAUCGGUCUCCAACGUCUGCACGGACAACUGGGAUAGUCUGCUUGUCACCAUUUGCGCUUCCAAAUUGACGAAGUUGAUCCGGGCGUUGUGGGAAGCGCUAUUGAGAGCGACCCUUUCCACCUCCCAAGGGGCUACGAAUCCGCCUCCCUCCAAGGGCGUCCAAAAUCCACCCACCUCUCGCAACCACUCCAAUCCAUUCCGUUCGCAAGGCAGUCCGACGCCAAACAAGGUUCACUCGUUCAAUACCCAACCCAACGUACAGAGCUAUUUCGCCUCCAGCACAAGUACCGUUCUUCUGGGCACGGCACUCAUUAAUAUUUGUCACCUGGGGACCAAUUUCCGUGGCCGCGCACUGAUUGACUCAGGCUCCGAGGCGACGUUCAUCACUGAACGUCUCUUUAACAUUAUUAAGCCACCGUUCGAAGCCAUACAGGCUCAAGUCGCAGGUUUAAACCAAACCGUAGCGGCUAAGGCGCAAAGGCGCUGUCACUUCAUGAUCGGGGCCGCCUCCAGGCCUGUCCUCAAAAUCGAGACCAUCUUCGGAUGGGUCCUAUCCGGUCCGGUAUCAGCUGACUCGACUCGGACGGUUUCCGCCUUCACCACGAAGCUCUCGUUAGAUUCGGACGUCCGACUCGAGAAGCUUCUCACCAAAUUCUGGGAGGUGAAGGACCUUCCGGGGAAACCGACGAGUGAGUCAGAUUCGGUGUGCGAGGAAAACUUCCGCAAGACCACUAAACGAGCCCCCGAUGGGAAGUAUAUUGUUACUCUCCCUUUCAAGUCUCCAGAAAAUGUCGAUCUAGGACACUCCAGGUGCGCGGCACAGGCCCAGUUCCUUAAAAACGAGCAGCGUCUGCAGCGGAAUUUGCCGCUCAAAGAGCAGUACGACGCCGUUAUCCAGGAAUAUUUAGAGCUAGGCCACAUGACUGCGGUUACACCCAGUCAUGACUCCGGCCAUUACUACCUUCCGCAUCACGCCGUGUUUAAACCCGACAGCACCACAACCAAACUGCGCGUGGUCUUCAACGCCUCCAGCCCGUCUUCCAACGGGAAAAGCCUCAACGACACAUUGCAUUCGGGGCCAGUCCUUCAGUCUGACUUGACUAUGCAAAUCCUGAGGUGGCGAGUUUUCCGCUAUGUCUUCAAUGCCGACAUCAGCAAGAUGUACCGCGAGAUCCUAGUGUCUUCCCAACACACACCCUAUCAGCGAAUACUCUUUCGCGACCGUAAUGGGGACGUGUGUGACUUCGAGCUUGCCACUGUCACCUUCGGAGUCAAUUGCACACCGUACCUCGCCCUUCGCGUCAUUAAGCAACUCGCACAAGAGGUGCGCCCACAGUUGCCAAUGGCAAGCGACAUCCUGGAGAGCUACAUGUACGUGGACGACGUGCUGACUGGUGCGCACACUCAGUCGCCGGCAAUCUCCGCCAUUUCAGAAUUACGCAAAGCUCUCGAUUCCUCAGGGUUUCCACUCCGAAAGUGGACAGCGAACCACAAGGGCGUACUGCGCGACAUUCCGGUCGACCACCUACUUCGAGCUGACUUCCUAGAGCUUGACGAAAGUAGCAUCGCUAAGACAUUGGGGAUCCGAUGGCAAGCCAAUGCCGAUGAAUUCUACUCUGCACCUCCCGAAGUACUUCAGCGGGAGUCCUGCACGAAGCGCAAUGUGCUAUCGCAGAUUGCGCAGCUGUUCGAUCCAGCGGGAUGGCUUGCCCCCUUUGUCAUCCAAGCCAAAAUGUUCAUGCAGGAAAUUUGGCUAAGAGAGUUAGGGUGGGAUGACGUCCUCCCUAGCGAUCUAUCUCACACCUGGGAGACGUUCCUGAAGAGUUUUCCGGCCAUCCAGGAUAUCCGCAUUCCGCGGUGGUUGCACGUUUGUCCAAUGGCCAAGGUGCAGAUACAUGGCUUCUGCGACGCGUCUCAACGUGCCUAUGGGGCAGCGAUUUACAUCCGAGUUGAGCGACCGCAGGGCAUUGUCUGUGCCCUUCUCACAGCUAAAGCCCGCGUGGCCCCCGUGAAAACGGUUUCAUUGCCUCGACUCGAACUGUGCGGAGCCGUCCUUCUGACAGAGCUUUCCGAGGCCAUCCUUCCACAACUGCCACUGGACACCAGCCAAGUAUCCUUCUGGACCGAUUCCACGAUUGUGUUGGCCUGGCUGAACCGACCUGCAUGCGAUUGGACCACUUUCGUGGGCAAUCGAGUAGCCAAAAUCACUCGAUGUUGGCCCAGCGAGCGAUGGAGCCACGUCCGAUCCGAGGACAAUCCGGUCGACCUGGCCAGUCGAGGGCUAGGACCCACUGACCUGGUCGAAAGUGAUAUGUGGUGGCAUGGCCCUGCUUGGUUGCGUGGUCCAAAAUCGGAGUGGCCAUGUCCGCGGGACUCAGUCCUUCAGACUGACCUGGAGAAGCGAGUCGUCAAGGUGCACCAUGCCACCAGCAGCGCCUCCGACAUCCUCAGCCGUUUUUCCGACCUCGGGCGCGCUCUGCGCGUGAUCGCCUACGUUCGGCGGUUCACUCAGCGAGUUAAAGGGCAGACGACCCAUGUCUCCAAGGAGCUGAACGGAAAUGAGGUCGCUGCCACUCUCCAGGCGGUCACACUGACAACCCAACGCUUCCAUUAUGCUGGGGAGCAUCGGUGCCUGCUAAACAAACAGCCACUCCCUACUACGAGUUCUCUUCUGAAUCUUAAUCCGUUCCUUGACCAGAACGGAGUCAUGCGGGCAUGUGGCCGAGUCCAAGCCUCGGCGUCCAUGUCCUCCAACGAACGGCAUCCAAUCCUGUUGCCACCCGCAUGUCUCCUGGUUCGCCUGCUGGUUCGAUUCACCCAUCAUAUAUCGCUACAUGGUGGGAACCAGCUGGUCAUUCGCCUUAUCCGGGAAACAUACUGGAUCCCUCGACUACGUCACGUAGUGAGGGCAGUGAUUCAUUCUUGUAAGGUCUGCGUCCUCCAUCAUAAACGACUCCAAACCCAACUAAUAAGCGACCUUCCUGCAUCACGAGUCACAUUCUCCAGACCGUUCACAUACACCGGAGUUGACUUCGCCGGCCCCUUCGACGUUAAAAGCUUCACAGGUCGCGCCUGUCGCAUCUCAAAGGGGUAUGUGUGCGUGUUCGUCUGCUUUUCCACGAAGGCCAUCCACUUAGAGGCCACGUCCGACUUAUCCACCGACACCUUCCUAGCCGCCUUCGCUCGUUUCGUGGCGAGACGAGGUUGUCCUCAUGAAGUUCAAUCCGACAACGGAAGGAAUUUUGUCGGCGCGUCCCGCUCUCUGGCUGUGGAUCUUCUCGAGGCACUUCGCACUCGGACUUCUGCGGUGUACAGCCAGCAGGGGCUAUCGUGGCGGUUUAUCCCUCCCGGAGCCCCACAUAUGGGGGGCUUGUGGGAAGCAGGUGUGAAGAGCUUCAAGGCUCUGUUCCAACGGUCGAUGUGUACGUCCAAAUACACAUUAGAGGAGUUCGCGACCUUACUUUCGAAAAUUGAGGCAUGUCUUAACUCGCGACCAAUCUCUCCUAUGUCUGAGGAUCCAACGGAUCCGUUGGCCUUAAGCCCAGGCCAUUUCCUGAUUGGUGGUCCGCUACUAUCCGUGGCAGAGCCAGAAAUACAAGCGAGCGCCUCCUCGAUCCUAAACCGCUGGCAACAUCUCAAGGCUCUCAACCAGCAAUUCUACCUCGUGGUGAUCAAGGAGGAGAACAUCCCCGCUCAGGAAUGGCGUCCCGGCCGUGUGCAGAACGCGUAUCCUGGAGCCGAUGAUAAGGUCCGUGUGGUAGACCUACUCACGGCCCGCGGCCUUAUCAAGAGACCGAUCACGAUGGUGGUUCUCCUGCCUAUGGAAUCGGAUGUCCUGUCCACCUACUCGCGCGGAGGCUCCGAUUCAUAA